AGCUCUUUGGCUCAGAUGCACCGAGGCCUGUGCCUUCUUUGCCUGUGCCUAGGAUUUGGCAUGGCCUUCUCUGGCACCUUCAAGCGUUGCCGGGCGCUGCUGGAGGAGCACGGGGUGUCUGUCACGGAUCCCGUGGCAGAUUCGGACCCCAAGGGUGCCGCCUACGACGCCUACUCGCUUCAGGUGGGCGGCAAGCAAUGCGCCUACCGCACUGCGAAGAUCACUCCCACGAAGAAUGGGGCGUUUGUGACUUGUUGGAAGCGGCCGGACGGAGGCGCCAUUGUGCCGCUCACUGCAGAGGAUCUGCAUACUCUCCUUGUGGCUGUGGAGGAAGCCGGCAACUUCGGAAUGUUUGUGUUUCCUGCGCAGGACUUGCUGAGCAAAGGGAUCCUGUCCGGUGGCAAGAAGGGAAAGCUCUCCUUCAGAGUCUAUGCCCCAUGGGUGGUCACGGAGAGUGCUCAGGCAGCCGCGACUCAAGCCUGGCAGCGGACCUUCUUCGCACAGAAGGACUCGACAAGUGCGCUCCAAGUCUUCGAUUCUGUGGAGGGCCAGGCGAAGCGUGCCCGACACAACUGAGGCUGAGAGCGUUUUGACAGCUGCUGGCUUUGCGCUUGCUUUAGAUGACGCUUGGACCCAAGCAUCGCGAUGGCAUCGAUGGAAGCAGAACUGCACGCCUUAGAGUUUUCGGGGUUUGGUGGGGCUCUUGGUAAGACGCCCCACCUCUUGGGUGUUUAAUUCAUUGGUUAGAAGCACCUUUGAGCAGCAUGUUGGGAAGACGCAUCAGUGGGAAUGCCCUGCGCAGUUUCCUGAGGCAAGUCAGAC